AUGUCCUAUUUAAUAACUGAGGCUUAAAUACCAAUUCUAGAAUCACUAGAUUCGAAAGUAGCUAAAAAAUUAAAGGAAAUGUGUAAAGAUAUAGAAGGAUUAAUUAUUAAGACUAAUACUAAAAUUUCUACACUAUUAUAAAAUUAGGAAAUAAGCUUUAUCAAGGCAUUUAAAAUAGUUGUAGAGUAAAUUUCUACUGAUUUUAGAAAUCUACAAUAAAAAUUUGAAGAAUAUAUAGCUUACCAUGAGAAUGAAACAGAAGUAUUAAAUUCUUGUUUUAAAAACUAGUUAGUAAAUGCUUAAAAUAAAUUAGUGUUUUUUAGGAAUUAAUGUUAGGUUUUAAACAAAACGUGUUCAGAAUUGAAAUGUGAAAACCAAUAACUAAGAGUUUAAAUAAAAGAGCUUGAUUAGGUAUUCAAAUAAAUUAAUUGAAAGGAAGUUAGUAAUUAGAAAAUGAUUCUAUUGAAAUAAGCAACCAAAAAUUCUUAAUUACAAGAAUUAAUCUUUCUAUAUAAAUAAAAAUAAUAAUAAUGCAAUCAAUAAUAAUAAUAAAGUCAAAAUGAUUCAGUAAAAUUUCACUCCAUAAUGAAAAAAGAUUAAAAGCUUAAGGUGCCUUAACUAAAAUUGCAAAAUCGUUACAAUACAGACAUAUAGGAAAAUGAUCACAAUAGUAUAUUAACAUACAGUUAAAAAAAUUAAACAAUUAAUGUUUGCAAAAGUUAGAAGCCUAAAUGUUAUUUAACUCUUUUGAAUAGAACAAGUGAUGAGAUACUAGAAACUUCUACAAGAAAAUAAACUUUUUAAUAAUUUGGUAUGGGUUAAUAUUUAAGUAGAUUAAUUUUAUGAGAGAUCUUAUAGAUCAAGAGCUCAAUCUCAAUAGUAAACUUUAAAAUUAAAACAAAAUAGUGAAACAACAUAAAAGACAUAAGAAAUCUCUUCAUCUCUGAUAAAAAGUAUUAGAGUUAAUCCUUCAUAUUAUUAAAGCCAUCUAGUUGAUAGCUCUUGA